AUGGUUGUUGCCAGCUUCUAUUUCAAGCAACAAGAUUCCAAGAAUCUCAACAUAAAAUCAUUGGUGAGUGAGAUCAAGGAAAUAAAGGGAAAGAAUUCAGAAAAGGGUAUUUUGGUAAAUGGAGAUAGUACUUUGGUCAAAGAAGAUGAGCUUCAAGUUCAAACAGAGAAAGAGGGUGGGCGUGAGGCGACUACUAGACCAAGUAAUGCUACUGAAAAUGGUCAUGAAGCAAAAUCAAAUAUUCAUGAGGUUCCUGUGUCACAGCACAUAGAUAGUGGUAUAAGAUGUACAAGAAUGGGAAAUGGAAAUCCUGGUGAGUCAUCAAAAGUGGAGAAAGAAGAGGGACAAUUAUCACCCAAUCAUGAUUCAGAUGAGGUCAAUUUUUCAACCUAUAAAGACAAUGAGAAUGAGAAUGGGACAUAUAAAGGGGAAAUGGAAGUAGAUUGUGAUGAUGAAGAAAGUGAUGUUGUUUCCGGUGGCGGUGAUGACAUCUCUGGCGAUGAAUCCGGCGGUUCCAGGGAGGAGGAGGAGGAGGAAUGUAAACCGGAAAGUAAAGGAGAAGGGAAUGGAAUUGAGAAUUCUUCGGAAGUAUCUUUACCUUGGGGAGGAAGGUAUAAGUUUUGGUACUCUUUUCUUGGGAUGGAGCAUAUGUCCGACAACUGUUCAUUGGGAAGGACUGCAAAGUUGUACCUUUUGUCUUGGGAAGGAGCAUAUCGAAUGGCUGAAGUUGCGCGUGAAUGGAUGAGGUUGGACUUAAAUGGCUGA